CAGGAUUCUUGUCAUCCACUCAAGGACGCAUUUUGAAGACGAAGGAGUUGGAAGGAUUGUCAGCCUUCACCAUAUCAUGUCGAAUACCACUGCUCCAGUUUCACAUUCGGAGCUGCGAUCAGAUACGACACGUAGUCCGGCCUCAGAUUUGAACCCAUACUACGGACGCCACUCCAUUGUCAAUGAUGGUGCUAGAUACCCAACCAAACCAUUAAUCUCCACCAAGGGCUGGACCCUCGCGCAGCUGAUCAAAAAAUCGCCUAAUUUUUGUCCAGUGGACAGGGUCCGUUUUGACGAUCCGAUGCUAAUCCAGACAAUUCGGAUGUACGAAGAUUCUGGUGCCCCCUUAAUCAUUGAAGGAUUCCAUGAACACGAUAGUUGGCCCACCGAUCUGUUCACCUUGGAUUGGCUCAGUGAGCAUGGGAAACCGGGGGCGUUCGCACGCAACGUGCACACCUGGGCUGAUUUCGACCUGCCCCUUUCAGAGCUCAUCCAUAAACUUCGUGCGACACCAGUAUACGCUAAUGAAAAUGAAACCGAGCGACUGUAUGGCAAAGAUGCGGAAUGCCCGCACGAGUGGGCAACUUGGCUAUCAACGUCUAGCGUCCUCCCAAGUGAUCUUCUACCUCACGGAACCAAUGAUUACCUAAAGUACCUUUCGGUCAGUUCGUUUACACUUUGUGGCUAUCCAUAUAAUCAGCUUCGAUCAGAGUGAUGUUCAGACUUUGAUGUGCUACCUCGGAGUAGGGGACACGUUCACUCCUUUCCACAAGGAUCUUUGUGCAUCUUCUG